AUGCAGGAUGGAUCUGGUAUGGCAGCAUUGCCCAUGGGCGACCACUGCUGUGAUCUGUUUGGCCACAACGUGGAAAAAUGGAAACUGGUACCCGGACCAACUAGAAACUUAGCCUCUGCGGCAUCAAUUCAGCCCACUGAGUGCCUCCAAGAGGAUCAAACACUACAAGAACCAGCUCCAGCACCCUCACAACACUCUCAUCCCAAAAAACCGGAACAAGCCGCCGUGGUAGUUGUUGCCCCUCCGGUGGAUACCGCGAGGCGGCUGUUGGUAAGACUUGGGUUGCUAGCCUUGGGAAUUCUGAGUUUGACUCUCGUGGACAGUGAACGUUUGGGCGUACCAUGUUAUGGGCUCCGGGGUAGGCAGCAGGGGCCCAGGCAAGAAGAAGGACGCCCAUCGCUAUCGCACAGGAGGACUGGUGUAAGGGAAAAGGUCAUGGAAGACUCGGUUCAGACGAGAAGUCAAGAACUUCCGGAAAGAACGACAAGCCACGCUACUACCGAUCUGGAGGAAGCUAUUGAUUGGUUGCGACGAAAUGAUCUACCGAAGGAUGCCUGGAUUUACAUGGAUCAGGCCACUAGAAAUGCAUUCUCUGAAGUGACCGGGCUGAUUGCAGGUGGCACAGACAAACAGGGAAAACAAGCCUAUUUGGAAGCCACAAUGGAUUGGAUAAAACGCAACAACGUACGGUACCAGUAUGAUGCCUUGGAACCAUCGCACAUUCAUCGGAUCGUUGAAUUUCAAAGGUGCGAACGGAGGCCGAUGUGCAGUACGAUGUAG